AUGCGGUUUGAUUACCUUGUCACCCUGCUCGCCCUGGGAGGGGUGGCUGUUGCAGCACCCGUUGCUAAAGAAGCUACUACUGAUGCCUCCGAUGUUGACAUCGGGUUUGGCGGUGGACAUGGCUCUAGACUCAACUGGGAUCUUGGCAUUGGCGGUGGUGUCUCUACGGAAUCUGGUGGUGGGCACGGCGUAGCCUUCGGAGGCCCUGGAGGCGGCGGCGGCGGUGCUUAG